GUCCUACUGAAGGAGAAAUGAGGCCCCAGCUCGUCUUCGCCACCCUGGUCGCAUUCGUUCUCCUGAACUUAGGCCAUACCGCGCCACAUGAGCGAAAAUCGUCUGAACACUCUGAACCAGACGAAAAUGAGCUCGCUGGUGGAGGCUCUCGAAAGCCAACACGUUUAAUUGAAAGUAGCAGAAGUGAUGCAGAGACGACCACAUCAACAUUGAAAGGAAGCAGCAACAGCCACCAGGACGAAGUAAAUGACCAGGAGGAAGACUGCGAUGAGGCGAAUGCAGAAUCAGGCUCAACCACACCCGCAGCAGACAGUGCAAGCCAAGUUGAGGAGCUUGCAGAGGCCGAAGACUCUAAACAAACCAUGAAAUCCGGCACAAACUCAAGCGGAGCCGACAGUGACAGCCAAGACAAAGUCCACGAAGAGGACGAACACUCCAACGAAACUAAUGUUUCUGGCCUGACCUCAACCGAAGAAAGCAUUGAAAGUCAAAAUGAUGAGCACGAACAAGGAGAAAAAAGCACCGAAACUACUACAGAAUGUGGCCUAAUCUCAGCUGAAGCCAACAGUGGCAGUCAAGAUGAACAGAACGAAGAAGAUGAAGAACACUUCAACGCAAUGACUGCAGAACCUGGCACAGUCUCCACCAAUGCAAAUAGUGGCAGCAUUGAUAAAGAGCGCGAAGAGGAAGACGACUGCAAUGAGGAGACUACAGACUCGGGCUCAACCUCAACCGAUCAAGACGUUGGAAGCCAAGAUGAAGUCCAUGAAGAGGAAGAGGAAUCCAACGAGACUAAACAAUCAGGCUCAACUAUAACCGAAGAAAACUCUGGAAACCAAGACAACGAGCAGGGAGUGGAUAAAGAAUCCAAGAAAGCUAAUCCAUCUGGCUCAACCAUAAGCGAAAAAAACAGUGGAAGCCAAGAUAAAGGGAAUGGAGAGCAGAACUCCGACAACGUAGAAGAAAACAGUGGAAGCCAAGAUGACCAGCACGAAGAUGACGAUGACACCAAUGAAACGACCGAAUCUGGCUCAACGACAACCGAAGAAAACAGUGGAGGCGAAGAUGGCGAGGACAAAGACUCCAAGAAAAAUAAACCAUCUGACUCAACCAUAACCGAAGAAAACAGUGGAGACCAAGAUGAAGGAAAUGGAGAGCAGAACUCCAAGAACGUAAGUACGGAAUUUGGCCCAAACACGACCGAAUCCGACAGUGAAAGCCAAGAUGAAGAGCCCGAAACAGAUGAAGACUGCAACGAAACAACAGAAGCUGGCUCAACCGAAACCGAAGAAAACAGUGGAAGCCAAAAUGAAUGGAACGAAGAGCAGCAAUCAACCAACGAAGCUGCAGAAACUGGUUCAAACUUGACUGAAGCCAACAGUGGAAGCCAAGAUGAAGAGCAUGGAACGGACAAAGACUGCAACGAAACAACAGAAGCUGGCUCAACCGAAACCGAAGAAAACAGUGGAAGCCAAACUGACCAGCACGAAGAUGACAAAGACACCAAUGAAACGACCGAGUGUGGUUCAACGACAACCGAACAAAACAGUGAAGACCAAGAUGACGAGGACCAAGACUCCACGAAAACUAAGCCAUCUGGCUCAACCACAACCGAAGAAAAUGGUGGAAGCCAAGAUGAAGGAAAUGAAGAGCAGAACUCCGAGAACAUAAGUACGGAAUUUGGCCCAAACAAGACUGAAUCCGACAGUGAAAGCCAAGAUGAAGAGCCCGAAACGGAUGAAGACUGCAACGAAACUACAGAAGCUGGCCCAACCAAAAUCGAAGAAAAUGGUGAAAGCCAAGAUGGAUGGAAUGAAGAGCAGAAAUCCAGCAACGAAGCUGCAGAAACGGACGCAAACUUGUCCGAAGCCAACAGUGGAAGCCAAGAGCAGAAAACGGACGAAGACUCCAACAAAACUACUGAAGCUGGCUCAACCGAAACCGAAAAAACAGUGGAAGCCAAGAUGAGGAGCAUGAAAGAGCAGGAAGACUCCAACGAAACGGCUACAGAAUCUGGCUUAUCCUCAGGCGAAGCCAACAGUGGCAGCCAAGUUGAAGAGCGCAAAGAAGAAGAAGUCUUUUACGAGAUGACGACAGAAUCAGGCUCAACUACAACUGAAAUAAAAAGUGGAAGGCAAGGUGAAGAGCGGGAAGAAGAGGCAGGCUCCGGAGAGACCAUUACCAAAUCUGGCUCAAUCUCAACCGAAGCAAACGAUGGCAACAAGGAUGAAGAGAAAGAAGAGGAGGAAGACUCAAACGAGAUUACUACGGAAUCUGGUUCAAGCACGACCGAAGAAAACAGUGGUAGCCGAGGUGGAAAGCAUGAAGAGAAGGCAGACUCAAACGGGACAACUUCUGAUUCUGGCUCGUCUUCUAGUGAAGAACAAAACAGCAAGCCUGAAGAUGAAGAAAAAUCUUCGUGGUUUGGUCCACUGAAAAAGCUUCCUGAACUAUUCUCGGGACGUAGUGCUUGA